GGUGGGGUGGCAACUUCAACUUCGCCGGCUGCACUUGGCAACAAGUCUGCAAGCGACUGCGACUCCAAUUGAGGGUCAAGGUCAGCGCUCGCGCAUCAGCUGCUGCGCAUGUGUGACGACCACGACGGCGGCCGCAACGCGACGGUGGCUCCGCGAAAGCUGCGCUCCGAGUUUCUGGAGCCGCAUGCGGAUGGGCAAGAAGCAGAGAGCGGUUGGCAAGCCGGUUUGGCCACUUUUUGCGCUUCUCCAUACUUAAGUGCGGUGCGAUCGCGGGGCGUCCAAGUAAACGCCGCAUUUAGUUAGGCCUACGAGGGGCGCUUCAAUAGUACUGCGCAGCUUACACUCAUCUGUAUAUGUUUGGUGACCAUAUGUACAAAUGUAACUCAAAUUUAGUCAUACUAAAUGAUUUUGGAAACUUACGUUCUUUAAGCUCUCUUUUGUAACAAUGAAAAACCGAAUAUUACUAAUUAUAGUAGUCGCAAUGUCUGACAACUUUCGGCAUUUCAAUUGUAAAUUCAAACAUUAAAUAGAUCUCAUUCCGAAAGUUAGACAAAAUUGCUGGAAGUAUCUUAAAAAUUCAAAAAAAUGUCCAAAAGCAACUGCAGUGACUGCACAUGCCGUUUGGCCAACGAGGUGGGCCAGCUAAAGGCCAUCGUGAAUGCCCAGAGCAGGACGCUCGCCAAGCUGGUCCGCCAGAUGAAGGAAGGCUGCAAGAAGGACGAGGAGGCCAAGGAAUCCACUUUGUGCGGCCUGAAUCCCUGCCUGAAGUGCCUGCAGCCUGACAUACUCUACCACCUGGGUUUGAAUACGGAGACCACGGACUUUCCCAAGGUUUUUGGGGAUGUGAGGUUUGUUUGCAUGGGAGGCACUCCGGGUCGGAUGGAAAACUUUGCCUACUACGUGAUGCAGGAGAUCGGGCUGAAGAUAAACGCGGCUACCAAGCUACGGAACAUAUCGGAGGCCGGCCAGCGAUUCUCCUUGUUCAAGGUGGGUCCCGUGCUCUGCGCCAGCCACGGAAUGGGUUGUCCGUCGAUAUCCAUCCUGCUGCACGAACUCAUCAAAAUGAUGUACCACGCCAAGUGCAAGGACCCCGUCUUCAUCAGAAUCGGCACCAGCGGCGGCAUUGGCGUUGAACCCGGCACCGUGAUUAUCUCCUCCGAGGCGAUUGAUGGCCGCUUGAAUCCCGCCCACGAGAUCCUUGUGCACGGCGCCAGUGUCCAGCAUGCCAGCCAGCUGGAUGAGAGUCUGGCCGAUGAAAUCAAGAUGUGCCACGAUCCCUGCAAGGACAGCUAUGAGGCUAUCAUCGGCCGGACUCUGUGUGCCCAUGACUUUUACGAAGGCCAGUCGCGCCUAGAUGGAGCCUUUUGCGAGUACACGCCCGAAAUGAAGAAGUCCUACUUGGAGACGCUGCAGAGCCAGCAGGUGAAGAACAUCGAGAUGGAGAGCUUGGCCUUUGCCGCACUUACCAGUAGGGCCAACAUCAGGGGCGCGGUCGUCUGUGUGGCCAUCCUGAAUCGCCUAAAUGGGGAUCAAAUCAAAACGCCCCAUGAUGUUUUGUCAAAAUGGGAGAAGAGACCACAGGAGCUGGUGGCCCGCUAUAUACGCAAGGUUCUUUACCAUAACGACGACGACGAUGAGUCGGAGCAGCCGGAGGACGAGGCCGAAGCAGGAGCAGGUGGGGCCGGGGACACCCAAAAGGCGCCUGCAGAAGAAGCCGAGUAAGAAGUCCUUCGUAUCUAGGUAAACGGAUCUGCAUUAUUAUUCAAAGUUUUGAUCAUUAAAGACAUCUCUGGUUGUUCAGUUCAA